UUCCUCUGUCUCUGUCUCGGGGAGGGAUGCAUUCGGUGUUAUUGGCAGUUGUCUGAAUUGUUUAUGUGAAUAUUUGGUUUCUUUAUUCGAUUGUAUUUGUCUGAACCGUUUGGGGUUUGGGGAUACCUUCGUGUUAUGUCUUCCUCAAGGGUUGGAUGGCUGUCGGAGAAUGCAGGAGUGGUCGUCCUUAGCACUAAUGUCAGAUGCCCAGAUUGUAUAUAGCUAUUUUGCUUAGAAAAGUUGGCUUGAAAGCGCUGUACACGGUACUCAUCUGGUACCCACCCUUGGCUAUGAGUCCCUGCAACUCGUUACUCAGAUUGUGAAAUUCCAACGCAAGGAAGCAGACUUGGUUCUAGGUGGAGAUGAAGGAAAAGAGUGCACUUACAACCAGGGUUACAUGAAACGGCAGGCAGUCUUUUCUUGCCUCACGUGUACGCCCAAUGGUGACGCAGGUUUCUGCACUGCGUGCUCCUUAGCUUGCCACGAUGGUCACGAAGUAGUAGAGCUCUGGACUAGAAGACAUUUUCGGUGCGAUUGUGGAAACUCGAAGUAUGGGCAGAGUAUGUGCAAGCUGCAGGCGGACAAAGAGACUGUUAACUCAGAAAACGUGUACAACCAGAAUUUUAAGGGAGUUUAUUGUACAUGCCAUCGUGUCCAUCCAGAUCCUGAAGGAGAAGCUCUAGGCGAGAUGCUUCAAUGUUGCAUUUGUGAGGAUUGGUUUCACGAAUUGCAUCUUGGACUUCCACCUACUCUUCAGUUUCCAAGAGACGAGGAAGGAGAACCCACCUUUGAUGAGCUCAUAUGCAAGUCUUGUGUUCCCCAAUGCCCGUUUCUCUUUAAGUACCCAAAUUUUGUGGUAGCACCCUCAGCUGUACCAGAUGCAUCUGCAGACCAUGUGGAGAUUGUUGAGCAGGCGAAUGGAUCAGGCAUCGAGAAUGGAAAGCGUGAGGUUCCAGAGGAGAACGGGAUUCUCCAAGUGGAUUCUGCACUGCAAGAGCUCUCAAAUGAAACUAAAGAGGAUAGUGUGAUAAAGCAAGAGAAUCAGUCAACAAAAAAUGAGCUUGUUGCAAAUGAGGAUGCUGUCUAUGGGCAUCCUUGUGGGAUGAAGAAUGAAGGUCCAACUGCAAUUAUACAACCAGGGCAGCCACUCUUUCUGUUGAGGAGUUGGCGGACACAGCUUUGUCGGUGUCCAACCUGCUUGAGAAUGUAUUCAGAAAGGGCGGUUGACUUCCUUUUGGACUCAGAUGAUACGUUGCAGGCCUAUGAAGCUUCAGCAAAACGAAAAAGAGAUGAGACUCGUGCACAAAUUGAUGGAGCGGAUCUGUUGAAGGGCUUGGGUCAUGUGCAACAAAUUGAGCUGCUACAUGGUUUUAAUGACAUGACGUCUCAAUUGAAGACCUUUCUGGCUCCUUUUGGUGAAAGCGGAAGAACGGUAACUAGUGCAGAUAUCCACGACUUCUUUGCUACUCUCAAUCAGAAAAAGAGGCGCCACAACUGACCGCCGCUAAGGUGAUUUACAUGUUCAAUAAUACCCUCACCGUAGAUCAGUCGUACAGGUCCAGUAUGCAAAUCCAACCUCAGGUUAGUCUGAUGUCUUCUCUGUAUGACGUAGAGUUUCUCCAGAUUUUGUGCUUGCAUGUGAUGAUGCAAGCCACAUCUUGGACCUUAGAGUUGUCUGCUGAACCAACAAUUGAUCUUCUCUUGUACAUUUUAGUGGGUCUGAGUUGGUCCUUGUCUAUAUUAUUUAGGAUGAAAGUUGUUCUUGCAAAAAGCCUUAGCACGCUCGAGAGUUAUUUCUAUAACUUGUAGCUGGUUUAGUAGAGACUCUGUAGUUAUGAGUGAACUUCAAUCAACCCUCGGGGAUCCUCUUCAUUUGCAGACUGCCUUCAUCAUCUUAAUCUAGGGUGGAUGCCAUGAUCAUGUUCAUGCAUGACUUCAAUUUUAGACUUUGUAUUCAA